AUGGCCAGUAAGGGCCCCCGGCCUGCUUGCGUCGAGGAUUACGACGAAGAACAACACGCUAUUCUACCCGACACUAGGCUUUCUGCCAGAAUUGCUGCCAAUACAGCUGCCAAAAUAUCCUCGAGGUUGGGAAGAUUCCAGGAGCCGCUGAUCGACGCCGCCAGUGACUCAGGUUAUUCUAGUCGCACCGCCGCUACGGUUAAUAGCACCCAAUCUGGGCCGUCGGGCGGAAAAAGUCCACCGAUCCCUCAUAAGCUGGACACCCCCAAACGUACCGACCUUGCCAGGAAAAGUUCAACCAGAGAACGCAAGGAAAAGGAACGAUCACGACCCCCGCGCGAAGAGGAGAUGGUUGGUGCCUAUGCGGGCGCUGCCCAUCAUGCUCACGUGCCCCGGUCGUCGUCCAAGUCUCAUCGACGAGAAUCCUUUGCCCGCCAAUAUCACGAUAAUUACCACGAAUACGCCAUUCCUCAGUACCAUCAAUCAGCUCCGAUGGAGCAUCGACAGAGCGAAUAUGCCUAUUACCACCCCCAGCGUCCACCCGUCCCAGAUUACUCACCCUCCCCGCACACUGCCCGAUAUCCGGCCGACGUAAUUGAGAACAUCCAUGUCAAUAACCCUGGUCGACCCAGCCGUUCCGCUUCGUACCACACCUAUCACCCAAACGGACGACCUAUGAGCUUCCAAGGUGUACCACAUGGGAUGGGUUCAGGAAUGGCACCUUCUGUGUACUCCCAGCACGCAUACGAACAUGGCCCUCCACCAGCCAACUCAGCAUACAUGCACCAGUACUCAUCAUCUCCAUAUGGACAGGCUGCCUACUAUCCCCCACCAGCCUCGGAGUACCCAUCAUCGGAGUAUACACGAGAGCGGUCCGAGUCCCGGGAGCCACGGCCUCGGUCCUCAUCUAUCUAUGCCCCUCCUCCCCCACCCAUGGAUGCCGGGCAGUAUGAUUGGCCCAAGCCUAGGGCUGCCCCGCAGAUUCACCAGGCGAAGCGACCAGAGCGACCAGAUCUACCACGGAAGAUGCAUACCUCUGCCGGUCUUGUUCCUUCUCGUCGCCCAUCCAGAGGUAUGGAGAGAGAACGAGGAAUGGACAGGGACAGAGGCAUGGUCCGAGAUAUAGACCGCAUGGACAUGCCGGAACUUGCGUCUGCCUUGCCGGCAAUUCAGGAUCGUGGCCAUCGUCGAAUUUCAAGGGAAGCCCCGUUCCCAGAGAGAACCCAUAGCCUACGAGAUAACCGACGGUCAACACCCUACCACGAUGAUCUACGGAAUGCUCAGGUAGCCGUGGCGAGCUCUCGGCAGCGUAAGUCACCCGAAUACCACUACGAUGACCGAUCCAGCGUCGGUGGCGACCUCGAGGACCGUGAACGUGAAGCCGAGAAUUACCAGGCAGUCCGGUCUGGCCGAACCUCAACAGCUGCACUACCUCUUUCCGCAGAGACCUUGCUGCCCAAAGCGUCUCAAGGCAAUGGAAGCGAGAGCGGCAGCCAGAAGAGUCGUAGCAGCCGCGGCAGUGCCACUGCCUCACGGAAGGAAGAUGAUAAGAACAUGACCCUCAUGUUGAACGGAUUCCAAAUUGGAUUUACAUCUGAAUCAGUUGCAGGCAAAUCUAUUAACAUUCGCGCUGGGGAGACCGGGGCUGUUCGAUUGAACAUCGGCGGCCCGCGGCCAUCCAAGCAGCAUGUGAACAGUGCCAGCUCCGAUCAUACGGGCGGCUCCAGCCGUCGGGCACUUGAGGAUGUGGCGCGGCGCCCCCGGGAGGACAAGCGGUCAGAACGAUCCAAUCGUCGUGACAGUCAGUCAGCCUAUGGGCCACGCUACCACUAA